AUCAUGGGCUUUCAAUGCUGAAUUUUAUAGUAAAACAAAUUCUUCUCAGCCACCACUGUGUUACUUCAGGAGCCGUAACUCAACAACAUUUGGAUCCUUGCAAAGUACAUGUAUGUGUAUCUGUCUGUGUUGUUUAUGAUGCAUUAUUGGCUAUUGCUAAUAUUAUUCAUUGGGUGGAAUAAUUACAUUCAUGAAAUGUGUCAUGCACUAAAUCUUAUGCAAUUUCAGCAGUCAACAAUGAAGAGAAAGCAACCAGUGUCAUUUCUAGCAAUUUAUUUCCUGUUGCUUAUUGGUAUAGCUAAGUGUGAUUGGAAUGAUGGCAAUGUUGGUGUAGACAGGCCAGGAGGUGACUUUCCUGGUAUGCCUGUUCCUCUCAAUACUUCUGAUGAAAACCACGUGCAUGCUUGUGCUGAGCUUUGCCAGAAAACAACUGGUUGUGUGGCAUGGGCAUUUGUUCAGCCUUUUUGCAGUAGUAGUAAUAGUACACAGCCACCAGAGUGUUACCUUAAAAGUAGUAAGACAUCUCAGAAGUUAGAUCCUUGUAGAAUAUCUGGUGUUAUAACUGCUGGUCUCAAACCACCGAAAUUCUACCCACUACCUCUUGGAACAAUUAAACCCGGAGGUUGGAUUAAACAGCAGCUUCAGAUACAAGCUAAUGGUCUGUCUGGUCAUCUUCCUCUCUUUUGGCCUGAUGUAGAAAACUCCUCAUGGAUUGGUGGGACAGCGGAUGUAGGCUUGCAUGAGCGAGCACCAUAUUGGCUGAAUGGGUUUGUACCAUUAGCCUAUCAGCUGAAUGAUCCUGACCUGAUAUCAAUGGCUGAGAGAUACAUAAUGUACAUAAUAAGUCAUCAAAGUGAAGACGGUUGGUUGGGAAAAGAUGACAGCAAGGAUGGUAACAGCUACUGGUCCAAGUAUCAUGUGAUGUUUGUAUUGAGGAUGUAUUAUGAAGCUACUGGGAAUGAAACUGUGUUUCCUGUUAUGUACAAGUUUCUUCAUUGUGCUUAUAAGAGAAUGUUCUCAACACCUUUUGGAACAACGUGGUCUGGUGCAAGGUGGCAGGAUUUAGUUUUGACAUUACAUUGGCUUUUAGAUAAUCAUCCUAAUGGCGAGGAGCAGUUUUUAUGGGACAUGGCAGAAUUGGUGCAACAACAGGGCUUUAAUUGGAAAGGAUUUUACUCUGAUCCUAAUUUCCCAAAAGAACCAGUUGCAGCUGCUACCCUAUUUACUCAUGGGGUUAAUAACGGGCAGGCAAUUAAAUCAGGUGGAGUCUGGUAUCGUCAGUCUGGUAAUCAGUCAGAUUGGGAUUCAUCAUAUCAGAGAAUGGAAGUACUAGAUAAAUACCAUGGGCAAGCUUCUGGUAUAUUUUCUUGUGAUGAACACUUGGCUGGACUGAUGCCAUCUAGAGGUACAGAGUUGUGUACAGUAGUUGAAGCUAUGUAUUCCUAUGAGGUCCUCUUUGGCAUACAUGGUGACCCACUGUUUGCAGAGAGAGCAGAGCAGAUUGGUUAUAAUGCAUUGCCUGCCACCAUUACAUCUGACAUGUGGGCACACCAGUAUCUCCAGCAAGACAACGAAAUAAAUGCAAUGCAUCUUGAUGAUCAUAUAUGGACUCAUGAUGGGCCUGACUCAAUUAUUUAUGGUCUUGCUCCUAAUUAUGGUUGUUGCACAGCCAACUUCAAUCAAGGCUGGCCCAAGCUACUACAAAAUGCAGUGAUGAUAUCCCCAGAUAAUAGCACCAUAACUUUCGCUAUUCUUGCUCCACUAACUGUAACAUUGGGAGAAACAACACUAACUGUUGAAACUGACUAUCCAUUUGGAGACACAGUGACAAUUACUGGGUCUUGCUCUAAGGAAAUGAAAAAUGUUAAUAUUCGUGUUCCUUCUUGGGCUGAAGGUGCUACAUUGAGCUGGGGCAGUGUUCCACCUACCCCUGUGCCAGCUGGUAAACUAUUUCAAACAAGCUGCAAUAGUGUAGCUGUUGAGAUGACGUUGACAAUACCAUUCAAGACUAGAGUUACAAGACGUUUCAAUAAUUCAGCUUCCAUCUAUAGAGGACCUCUGUUGUAUGGAUUACAAUUGGAAGAAGAUUUCAAAGUAUUGAAAACUUAUGAAUUUCAAAGUAAAGAUUAUCAGAUAACAACCAGCUCUCCAUGGAAUUAUGCCAUUCAUCUAACUAAUGAUAGUAAUCCUGAUGAGGACCUAAAGUUUCAAAAUGUUGGUUUACAGAGUGGUGUUCCUCCAUUUUCAAUCAAAGGGGCUCCUUCAAAAAUAACUGCAACAGGAAGAUUAGUUGAUUGGGGACUGCUACAUAAUGCUGCUGAUGCUCCUCCUACUUCUCCUGUGUCCAGCAACAACAAAGACACACCAAUUACUUUAAUACCAUUUGGAGCAACUGAUUUGAGGAUUGCUGAACUACCCACAUAUAACUGAAAAAAUUUUAAUGCUACAUGUACUUUGUUUUAUUUUUGAGCUGCAACUAACGCUACUUUAAUAUUUUAAAGCUGAUUGCUAAAUUUAUCUAGUACAUUGAUUGUAAAGUUUCACUAUGGACAUCUGGAUCCAGUACUGGUAA